CAUCAGUAGUACACUUGGGAAUUAUCCAGGUCAAACUGCUGUUGAACCAUGGCAAAGCUGGCCACCUCUUCUGUGGCACUAGCAGUGCUAGGGUGUGUACUAUGGACCGUGGUAAAUGCUCAAAUCCCAAAUUGGUCUCCACAUCCUCAUCCAAAGGGAUACCCAUGGCUACCAAUCCCGCCUCCUGAAGAUCCAACGAAUCCUCCACCUCGUCCACCUCGUCCACCUCUUCCACCUCUUCCACCUCCUCCACCUCCUCCACCUCAUCCACAAUAUCCAAAAUAUCCACCAAUCUGGCCUCCUCAUCAACAUGAACAUCAACAUCAUCAUCAACACCAUCAAGGUCCAUUUUACCCGAAAUAUGACUUUAAUCAGGAUCAGCAGGGCUCUAAAACACCACAGAAACCACAGACACCUCAGAUUCCGGAUCCAAAUGUGAAGCCUAUCCAGAGUUGUGACGUGGAUAAAAACGUGAGAGUCCCAUGUGGACUUCCUGGCAUCUCCGCUACUGGAUGUGGAGCCAUAAACUGCUGCUUUGACGGCAGUCAGUGCUUCUAUGGAAAAGCAGUCACCGUUCAGUGCACCAAGGACGGACAGUUCAUUGUCGUUGUGGCCAGAGAUGCCACUCUGCCAAGCAUCGACCUCGAAUCAAUCUCGCUUUUGGGAGAUGGGCCACACUGUAAAUAUGUGGACUCUAAUUCAGCCUUUGUCAUCUAUAAUUUCCCUGUUACCGCCUGUGGCACCGUUGUUACGGAAGAACCUGGUGUUAUAAUCUAUGAGAACAGAAUGACCUCCUCAUACGACAUUGAAGUUGGGCCUCGUGGAGUCAUUACCAGAGACAGUCACUUUCAAUUGCUCUUCCAGGCUAGGUACAUCGGUACCGCUGUUGAAACUUUGGUUGUAGAAAUAUUACCACUUAGAGACCCUCCCCUACCAGUUGCCGCUUUUGGACCAAUCAGAGUAGCCCUGAGGUUGGCUAAUGGACAAUGCUCUACAAAGGGUUGCAAUGAGGUGGAUGCGGCCUAUACAUCUUUCUAUUCGGCUGCUGACUAUCCUGUGACUAAAAUACUGAGAGAACCUGUGUACGUGGAAGUUGAACUCCUUGAAAAGACGGAUCCAAACCUUGUCCUGACUCUUGGACGUUGUUGGACAACCACAACCCCCAAUCCUCACAGUUUGCCCCAGUGGGACAUCCUGGUUAACGGGUGUCCGUACACAGAUGAUCGCUACUUGUCCUCACUGGUGCCCGUCACUCCCUCUUCUGUUACGGGCGUGUUCAGUCACUACAGACGUUUCUUUUUCAAAAUGUUUACCUUCGUGGAGCCCAAAUCAAAGAAGGCUCUGACUGAACAGGUGUACAUUCACUGCAGUACAGCUGUGUGCCUUGCGAGACCGGGCUCCUCUUGUGAACCAGCAUGCCACAGAAAGGGUAAGAGAGACGUCCAGGCUGCGGACCAGGAGAGGGCUGAUCCGAAGGUCGUGGUGUCCGUUGGACCGGUGGAGCUGAAUGCGCAGUAAACAGCACUGUAAACUCAAAAAUUUGGCUGAAAUCAUUAAGUAGAAUAUUUGAAUAUGACAUAAUGUAUAUUUUAAUGAAUGCAAAAAUAUUACAAAAGUGUGCUGCAGGGAGAAUGAAAUUGAUCCCUAAAAAUAUUGUAGACACAUUUUGUAUUAAAAGAUAUUGGCUUUGA